AUGCUGUGUUUACAACGAAUUUGCCUUGUAUACAAGGACAGAAAAAAUAAUAUAAUAUCCAAAGACGUUCUUCAUUCCUCAGUAAAACUUGAUUACAGAUCUUCUUCACAUUAUAACAACGUCGAGGACUAUACUACGGAAAUACGAUGGUUUAUGGAGGUUAAGAAUCGAAUCAGAACGACAGGACUAGCUGGCCAGUCUGCGCUCCACAGCCUUGUACGUACAGUUUUCAACAUGGGAAAAGAACAAUAUUUUAUUAUCACAGCCUUUUUAGUCGGAAUUGUAACUGUUUUCCCCAUUGAUGGGGCCAUGUUUGUGGAUUCAUCACAACUAUCAGCCGCUGGCAGUUCAAAUUUUGCAUCAAAAUUACCAUCACAAUCUACGUGUGGUAUAAGAAAGGCACCAAGCUUUCGAAUAGUUGGAGGAAGUGACUCUCAACUAGGUGCUUGGCCUUGGAUGGUAGCUCUCGGAUACAAGCAUACUACAGAUACAGAAAACGAUUCUAUUAAGUGGCUAUGUGGUGGUACAUUAAUUUCUAAUACACAUGUCUUAACUGCCUGCACAUGCGUGACCAGCAUUGGGAGUCGACUAUUGUAAGUAAAUCACAUAAAGUGUAUAGGAAACGGUUGUUUACUAAGGGACUGACAUUUGGUCGAUUUCUAGUUCGAAGAAAACGACUUUUGAUUAUUUUGUAGUCAAAAGAUAAAAAUUAUCAUGCCUAGCACAAUAAAUGU